AUGAUCUCCGACGAGACGUACGAGAUAUGUCUGCCGAUACUGCAGGAUCCGAGCUUGGAAGAGGAGGACAAGACGGAUAAACUCGAAGACCUCCUCAGAAAGGAAACAUCCCUGACCGGCACCGGCCUGGAAAACGCCGUGCUCGACUGCCUGUGGAGGUACCGCGAUGGCGGCGGCGGCGUCGCCGCCUCGCCGCCGCCCAUACGACAGACCAUCCUCCGCCGGCCUUCGCCCGCCUCGUGGAGGGGCUCCGCGACACCGCUCUCCGGCUCCCCCAGGCUAGGUGUAAGCCCCCUGGCCCCUCCGGGCUUCGUGCCCACGAAUCUCAGCAGGACCAAGUCCUCCACCGUCUCCCCCUUUUCCUCUCCGCGCCCGUCGCCGCGUCUCGCCUUCGCCGCUCCCGUCAUCCCGAAUAGUCCGAAUCUCAACGCCUACGAGUUUGCGAGCGACACCAGUCCGGCCCAGGAGAUAUACGGGGACUUUCAACAAGAGAAUGUAGACUGGCUCGUGAGCGACGAUGCUCUCAGCAUCACCUCCUCCCUGGGGACUCCCAGCGGCCUGAACGCCGCCGCGCCCGAAUACGUUGCGACACAGCAGAACGACAUGACGCCUUACGACAUGCUGCGCUCUAUCCUGGGCCAGACCAAGACUGAUGACGAGAUUGAGGCAGCCUUGGCCGUUCACGGCUAUGAUCUGAGUGCAACAAUAGCCGCCAUUAUGGAAACUCAGGGGCAAGACCCUACGAACGUCUCCAACUUGACACCAGAAACCAAGAGCGUGCUCAUUGGCAAGUCGAUGACUCCUGACAAUCGACCAACCACGCCCUCAAACCAGCAGAAGUCGGGAAUCAUCUGCAAGUUUUACUUGUCUACGGGACAGUGUCUUCGCUCCGACUGUCGCUUCAGUCAUGACCUCAGCAACCAUAUUUGCAAAUAUUGGGUCAUGGGCAACUGUCUGGCUGGAGAAACGUGUAUCUUCUCACACGACCCAUCCCAUCUCAUGAAUCGCCUCACCGUUGAUGGAAGCAGCACUCCUCCUUCAAAGAACCUUUCGGUGCAAGACUUCCAAUCUGCCUUCCCGGCACUACGCCCGGCCACUCCUGAGCUCAACCCAUUUGCUCCCAGUUUCAAUUACUCGCCCGCAGGUGCGACCCCGCCACCUGGGUUACGACCAAUGAACGGUUACAAUGGCAACGAUGGUACCCGUUCACGGUCCCGUCCAAGUAGCCGUCAUCAGACCAGAGAUGGCCUGAGUGCACCUUCUAUAGAUGAUAAUGACGCUUUCCCUUCUCUCGGAUCGGCAUCUUCCAAACCCAAUAAAAAGCACCACGGCAAAAGGGGUGGCCACGGGCACGGGCACAAGGAGAACUAUACACCCAGCUCGCUGGCAGAUAUUGUCAAAAUGUCGCCCUCUCCAUCUCCAGCACCAGGCUCAGCAAAACAAGAAAGCAAGAAACUCGGCCGCAACGGCAGUUCCACAAACGUCAAGAACGGGGAGAACAGCGCUGCUGCCCAAGCCAUCCCUAGCCCCAAGCAUAUCCCUUGGCUCGAGACCGGAGAUAGGGCCAACAAGGCCUACCUCAAGGCUCGCCAGGAGGCCAUCAAACAUGGUGGUCUCCGCAAUAAAUUCCUCCAAAGUGCCGCCCAGGCUUGGAACCGCAAUGAUGCGCGUGCUGCGAAGGCGCUCAGCCUGCGUGGUCAAAGUGAAAAUGAACUGAUGCGGAAAGCUCAUAGGGAAGCUGCUAAGGAACUCUACGAGCAGCGUAACAAGCAGACGUCGGGAUCUGAGAUCUACGUCGACCUGCAUGGACUUCAUCCCGAAGAGGCUGUGGAGUAUCUGGAGCGCGUGCUUCUUGAUAACGCCAAGGAGAGCAGGCCAGUCUAUGCCAUCACUGGGACGGGCCACCACAGCAAGAAUGGCAAGGACAAAGUGGGCAAGGCCAUCAGGAACUUCCUCAACGAGUGGAGGUACGCGUACCGCGAAUUCUCCGUUCCUGGCGACCGGAACAACAUGGGCGGCAUACUCGGCAUCGAUGCCCGGAGCUAUGACAAGUCACUUUCUCGAGAAGGCGCGGGCACGAAGGAGCAGAAAGAGGAACCCAAGGAAGAGGUCGAUAUCCUGAGCCAAGGGGUCGAGAUCGGGGACGGCAAAGUCCGUCUCCUAGUUAGGGAUCCUCCCAAGGGGCCCAGCGGCAACCGCAGCCGAUAA